AUGAUUUUUGCUUUUCUCUUGUAUUUUCUAUUUUUAGCUAACACAGUGCUAUCAAAGUAUUUUAGUAAGUUUUCCAUUUUUAAUUGUAAAAAUUCAACAAAAUUAUCCAGUUUGUCCAAAUCGAUUGAUCACAUUAGAAGAUGGUCCGAUUGGUGUGAUUCCACGUGGAAGAGUUGGUUUAUCUGUUAUACCGGCAAAUUAUAAUUGCACAUAUUAUUUUUAUAUUCCGCCAGGUUUUGCUUUACAUUUUUCAAUCAGUACACAUUAUGAGAUUUUGCUUGGAGAUCAAAUUGUAUUUACAAACAAUUUGGGAGAAGAAUUUAUGUGAGUUUAUCAGCAUACAACAAAUUAAUUAUCAUCCGCAGUUGUUGUAAUUUUUUUGAUCUUUUUGACGAUGAAGUUCUUAUAAGGUGGGAUAUAGUAAAUAUAACAAGAUGAACUGGUUAUUGUAUAACACAAUAAAAAUAAUGUCACAAAAAAUUUGAGAAUUUCCAAAUUAUCGAUCAUUGAUAAUCCCAAACAUGUUGCUCCGCUGAAAAUUAACAACGGCAUUUUCACUUGAAAAUCAAUGAUAUUAAUCAGUUUUUUGUUUAAGCAUUUGACUUCUUCAGUUAGAUGAUGUUCAUGAAAUUCAAUGAAUUUGACGAUUUUCUUUCUGAGCCAAUAAUAAGUUAUUAUUAUGCAGAAACUUGUUGUUAUUAACAACAUAAUUAUUGCAAAAACGGAAAAUUCUGGAUAGAAAAACCAGAAUAUUAUAUGGAGAGCUGAAGUAAUCGUGAGAAUUGCACACAAAAACAAUAUGAUGUUAACAGUCGGUUCUUUGAUAUAAAUAAUAUAAUAUCGAAAAAUAUAACUGAUAAUCAACCAUAUAAGAUUUUGAUUUAACAGAAUCAACAUAGAUAUAGUUGAAAUAUAACAGACAUUUGAAUUCAAAAAAGAGCACAAUCCAAAACAUUCUAGCUCAGCCUCCAAAGAACUGUCAAAUUUAACCGAACUCAUUGAUAAAAUAUCAAAUAUCAAAAUGAGUAAAUUUGUAAUGCACUUACAAGUUAAAAGAACUGAACAAGGACGCAUUAUUCUUGGUGAUUUUGUUAACGCCAAAAAUAGUAACAUUGAGUUUGCUACCAUUCCAACGAAGCAAACAAAAGCGUGGACAAAAAUGAAAAUCAGCAUUAUAAUUAUCUGAUUUUUGUUUCUUAUGAGAUUGUUUUUGUUGUGCCUCUUUUUAUAAAAAAUUUCGAAAAUCCCUGAAGAUUGACGAGACAUGUCACAUGAUUUUGAUAAUGCACUUAUCUAUUUUUGUCAUAAACACCUACGUCUUUGUUCAGAAUACCAACUCCAAAUCAACAUAUUGAUGAAUGGUCAGCUUCAUCAACAGCCUCACUUCUUAUUAGAACAAUUUCAAAUUCAAGUCAAAUGUUUGCUAUUUAUGAAUUUGUCAAUAUUCACAAAUAUUAUAGACAAAAAGUUUUAGAAACUGGAGAUUAUUUCGCUUUGAAUUCUAUGAAAUUCUUAUAUUAUACUUUCAAAUCACAUGAGCGUAUAAAAAUCAAUAUUGCUAUUAAAAGUACUCAGGAUUUUGAUCCACAUCUUGAGAAAAUUUUUGUUUAUGAUGGUGGAGAUUUGAAAAAUUCAAAAAUGAUUGGAAACCUAUACAAAUUUUCUCGAAAGUCUGGAGUCUCAACUAAAAAUAAUAUAAGUUUUAUAAAUCUUUAUGAUGUUCCAUCACCAUCUUAUGUUAUUGGAAAUGAUUACUCAAUUAUAUCAAAAUUCGCAAAAUACAAAGCAGUACUCAUGUCAAAGAAUGAACAAACAUCUGGCGAAUUUUAUGACUCGAGUAAUUUGAGCAGUGCCUACACGUGGAUUUGUUCCGAUUGUUCAACAUUUUAUUGGAAUGUUUUGAAAUUUGACAAAUGGAAAACACCAAAAGAAGAAGCAUUUAUUGAAGUACAACCAUUAUCACCAAGUCAUCAAAUGAAACCUAUUUUGAAUUAUUCGGGAAUUCAUCAUUCGGACAACUAUUUUCCACAACUUCUACCAACUCGAAUGUUUACAGUUAUAAAUCAUCAUUCAAAAAUUGGUCUCACAAUUAACACUCUCAAUAUGACAAGUACGAAAUGAAAUUGUUUACUUUUCAAAAAAAAUCAAACAAUUUUCAGAUUCUAAAUGGUUACAACCUUAUGAUGGUCGAAAGGGAAUUAUUCAUUCUCCAUCAUUAUGGGAUCCUCAAACCCGUCCAUCAUUCAAUUAUUCUUUCGGUAAGAAUUUUUAUAAUUUCUUCGUUUCUGAAUAAUUCACUUCUUCAGAAGAUCCAGAUCAAACAUAUUAUUUCAACAUAAGUGUGAAAUCCGUGAACGGAGAAACCUUGAUCCUGCAAUCUGGACCCGAAGUUUUCCAAGAGUUGUGA